GGUAGAGUGAUCCUCUCUUUGCUCGUCUCUUUGUUCCUCCGUGUAUUUCAUCGUCAGUUUUUUUAUUGCUUGUUUGGAUUAUAUUGGACUUGUAUCCUAAAUAAAAAAUGGAACCGUUUAUGAUCGCACAGAAAUGGAGAAGGUACGUUUUGUUAUUCCUGAUUAUUUUUGCCUUAUUAAACCCAGCAUUUGGCGUUACUCACUAUUCUAUUCCAGAGGAAAUGGAGGUAGGAUCUGUUGUUGCAAAUUUAGCCACUGAUCUUGGUUUGGAUAUACAGAGUCUGACCAAACGCAAGAUGCGCCUAGAUGUGAUAGCAAAUAAAAAAUAUCUGGAUGUAAAUAAAGAAACAGGAGAGUUAUUUAUCGUCGAAAGGAUAGACAGAGAAUAUCUCUGCCCAUCCAAAACUACAAAUUCUUGUUUUCUAAAACUCGACGCUACAAUGGAAAAUCCAAUUAGGAUGUUCAACAUUGAACUAGAAAUAUUAGAUAUCAACGACAAUGCACCCCACUUUCGACGAGAUGUCAUGCAUUUAGACAUUUCUGAAUCGACACCAGCCGGCGAGCGUUUCUCACUGAACAAUGCAGUGGACUCAGACAUCGGAUCUAAUUCAAUUAAGACUUACUAUCUUGGCGAAAGUGAUCAUUUUACUAUCGAAAUACAGUCUGGUCGAGAUGGAUCUAAGCUAGCUGAUUUGGUACUGAAAAAAGCAUUAGAUCGCGAAGAACAAGCAGUUCAUAAUCUGAUUCUUACUGCUGUAGAUGGCGGAGUGCCUUCGCGCUCUGGGACAGCUAAUAUUAUUGUCCAAGUGCUAGACACUAAUGACAACGCCCCACAGUUCGAUAAAGACAGCUAUACUGUACAUUUAAGUGAAAAUUCUCCAGUAGGAAGCCUUGUUGUUAAGUUAAAUGCAACAGAUUUGGAUGAAGGGUCAAAUUCCGAAAUAACAUACACAUUCAGUUUAUAUACCUCCGAGAAAACACAAGAGACGUUCAAUUUGAAUUCAGAAACGGGUGAAAUUCGAGUUAAAGAGAUGAUUAAUUAUGAAUAUUUCAAGAUCUAUGAUAUGGAGAUAAUAGCAACUGAUAAAGCAUCUAAUAGUCUCUCUGGAAAAUGUAAACUAACUAUUUUAAUCACAGACAUGAAUGAUAAUCAUCCUGAAAUUUCCAUCAAAUCAUUUUCUGGCCCUGUUAAAGAGGAUGUACCUGUAAAUACAAUAAUUGCAGUU